AUGUACAUGGCAAAUGUUGUACACAGAUUACAAUUGGAUUAUUUAGGAAUAAAAAAUAAAGAAAAUGCUGAAAUAAAUGAAAAGGAGGAAUUAACAUUUUCAUGUUUAAAUGACGACAACAAUAUCAAUGAUAUUUCAUUAAUUUACCCUGACAAUAAUCAUCAUGAAAUUCCUAUUAAUGUUUCAAAUGGUAUCAAGUUUGAUCCUCAAGUGGGCUUUUUAAUAAAAAAUAAAAGUUAUAUUCAUGAUCCUGUUGACUUCACCUGUUCAAUAACAAUGUAUAAUCGAACAGAAAAUUUGAUAUAUCACUUCCAAAGUCCAGCAAAUUAUUCUGGAGAACCGAAAAUUGAUACAAAUAAUCCAGUUGUUAAUGCUAUCACAGGAGAUGAUGUUAGAAUAAAUUACCUGAUAAAGGCAAAGAAAACCAUUGAAUUAAAACUGUUGAACGUGAGCCAUGAAGAUGCUGGAGAGUAUAAAUGUAUCACGAUUGGUGUUAAUGGAGAAAAAAGUGCAUCAGUCCACGUAUCAAUUCAUGGAUCUGAUGCACUAACUAUAAAUUUAACAGCACCUAAACAGUUUUAUAGUUCAAAGUUGAACAAGAUGGUUAUUUUAAAAUUAAAUACUCAAAGCCAUGCAAAGACAAACAUAACAUGGUACAACCCAGAUGGAUAUAAAAUCGUUCCAAUUAAUUCUAAUGGCAAAUAUGCUAUUAAGAACAAUGACAAGUAUUCAGCAUUAUCAAUAAACAAUGUCCAACUAAAUGAUGCUGGCAAUUAUACAAUCAAAGUCCAAAUAUCUUCAUUUAAAAAUAUGGAAAAAAUCAUCACUCUACCACUAAUUAUUGAAGGAACACCUGUCAUCAAAACAAUGGAUAAAUUACAAAAUUAUUAUAUGAUUAAUGAUUCUGCAGAAUUGUCUUGCUAUGCAAUUGGAUUUCCCACUCCAAAAAUUCAAUGGUCUAUUGAUAAAGACAAUUUAGAUUAUCAAGACACAAUUAAUCUGAAGAACGAGACAAAAUUACUUGAAAAAAAUUCAACAUUUAAUUGGAAAGUUAAAACAGCUGGUACUGUAACAUGUAAAGCAUGUAUUACUGAUGAUAAUUGUACAAAGAAAAUAUUUAAAAUAUCAUUGGUUGAUGUACCAGGUGGUUUUGGUAUUAUUCCAAAUGAAAAUAAUACAAUAACAGCUGGUGAUAAAUUUGAGAUAUCUUGUCGAGCAUCACUGUACAUAUACAAUCAAGUUAACUGGUACGAUGAACAUGGGACAAAAGUUGUAUCAAAUGAUAAUAUUAUCAUACAAAAAAACACAACUGAAUUGAGCCAUAUUUCGUCAUUGUCAAUAAAGUCAGUACCAAAUAUCAAAAGGUUAAUUUAUACAUGUGAGGCAAGAAGAACACAAAAUAAUAUGAUUUAUCAAAGAAAUAUAAAUGUAACAAUUCAUGAUGAAAUGAGACCAUAUUUUAUUGACACAAAUAUGAACAAGACAACAGUAACAUAUGACUCGGAUACAGCUCAAUUAAUUAAGCUAAAAUGCUAUGCUGGUGGCUACCCAAUGCCAUCAGUAAAAUGGCUGAUGAAUAACAAACCAAUCAACAAUACAAUAUGUGAUUAUAAUAUCAUGAAUAACAGCCAGGAAUUAAUUAUAAAAAAUUUAAGAAACUUAAAUGAUGGUAUGUCACAAUUUUUAAAUGGUAAAUUAACAGAAAUAAAUCCAGAGCUUACAGUUACUGAUCAAAUUGAAUGUCUACCAUAUGAUAAAAGAUGGGAAUAUUCAUCUGAUGAUUUGGUACUUGGUAAAAAAUUAGGAAGUGGUGCAUUUGGUGUUGUAUUGCAAGCUGAAGCAAAUGGAAUUGGUGGCAAUGCUGGUAGAACAAUUGUUGCUGUUAAAAUGGUCAAACAAACAACUGAUCCAUCAAAUGUAAUAGCACUUUCAAAUGAAUUAAAAAUAAUGAUACAUUUGGGAAAACAUGUUAAUAUUGUUAAUCUACUUGGUGCUUGCACAAAAAAUAUUACUGAUGGUGAACUAUACGUUAUUGUCGAGUUCUGUCGUUAUGGAAACUUGCAUGAUUAUUUACAACGUAACAGAAAUAAAUUCAUCGACCAAAUUGAUAAUGAUGGAAAUAUUAAUCGUUCAAUUGGCAGACAACCUAGUGAUGCUACUAAAAAUUAUGAUAAUAAAUUAAAAUACAAUGAUAUAUUGAUACAUCGAAGCAAUGUCAAGUUGAACAGUGACAGUAUCAUUGAUGAUAAUCAUGAAGGAAAAAAUUCAAGUUCAAGUUCAGAUGGUACAUCACUGUUGAACAACAGUAAUUCAUCAUCAAGUAAUGAUGAUGGAAGAACAUAUUAUCGUGGAGAUUAUAAAGAUAAAAAUCUUCGACCCAUAUGUACUGAUGAUUUGAUUCUAUGGGGAUUUCAAGUUGCCAGAGGCAUGGAGUACCUCAGCCAACGAAAGGUACUGCAUGGUGAUCUCGCAGCUAGAAAUAUUUUGCUGACUGAUGGAAAUAUAGUCAAAAUUUGUGAUUUCGGUUUGGCUAAAAAUAUUUACAAAAAUGGGAUCUAUGAAAAAAAGGGUGAUACACCAAUGCCAAUUAAAUGGAUGGCCCUCGAAUCAAUGCGAGAUCACGUGUUUUCAACUCAAUCAGACGUGUGGUCAUUUGGGGUGGUCUUGUGGGAAUUAUUUACAUUAUCUGGUACACCAUACCCAGGGAUGGAUGGCAGAACACAAUACCUCCAAUUAUCAGAAGGAUACAGACUAGAAAAACCUCAAUAUUCGACCAAGGGAAUAUAUGAAUUAAUGUUACGUUGUUGGAACGAGAUACCUAAAUAUCGUCCCAGUUUUUCUCACUUAGUAUCGAAAUUAUCUAAUUUACUUGAAGAACAAACAGUUGUUCACUAUAUAAAUUUAAACAUACCAUUUUUAAAUGCAAAUAAAACAUUGCUUGAAAAUGGCACAAAGGACUACUUAGCAUUAAUGUCAGCUCCAGAUCAUGAUGUUGUAUCAUCAUUUGAUUCAACACUAUCACCUUUGAAAAUAACAAUUGAUGAUAAGAAUGAAAGUGGUACAUUUAAUGACGAUUAUUAUUUAACUCCAAUUAAUGUUGAGGAAAGACUUUGUGAUCAUGAAGAAAAUGAUAUUGAUGAAAAAACACCGAUGAUUGAUCAGGCAGCAAAAAGGAGGUCAGUUUUAAUGUCCAAUCCACUUUACAUGUUGUCUGAUAGUACAACAUCAUUACAUUCAACUUUGGUUUAA